GGGUAUCGACGAGAAGAUGAUAUGGAUUUGGGUUUGGAAUUGGAAUUGAAUAAGGUUGAAACCAUUUGCCAGACAGCCCAAGUUGAAUUUAGCAUCAAAUCAAGGCAGCGACUUCCAUUCUUCCAACCAUAAUCAAGCUUCUUCUUCCAUGGCUACCUUCACAUUUACUCCCCAUAUUGGAGGUAGGCUCCCAACCCCAUCUCUCUCAGUUUCAUCUUCUUAUUCUUCUACAUCAAAACGAAAACCCAAAUUCAAUUCCAUUACAACCACCAGAGUCUCCCUUCAAGCUUCCACACCUUCACUUUCUGACCCCUUUGUUCUUCAACUCGCCGAAACUCUCGAAGACUCACUCUCUUCUUCUUCUUCUUCUUCAUCGCCUUUUCCUCUUCAGAAACUCAGAGAAUCUUCCGCGGAGAAUCUUCUUUCUACCCCAUGGCCCUCUCGUAGAGACGAGCCCUUUCGCUUCACUGAUGUUUCUUUCAUUAAGCAGUCCCAAAUCCACCCAAUCUCUAAUCCACCGCAGUUUUCUGAGCUAUCUAGCAUCCCUUUAGAAACCCAGUUCGCCAAUGUUGUAAUUGUUGAUGGUCAUUUUGUUAAUUCUGUUUCCAAUUUGACUGAAUUGCCGAAUGGGGUUUAUGUGGGUAGCUUUAUUGACCUUCCGUCUGAGAGUGUUGGGAAGAGGGUGUCUGAGUUCGUUGAUGGGAAGUUCGCGGGGGACUUGUUUUGGUCCAUUAAUGGCGUUGGAGCUCCAGAUUUGACUGUGGUGUAUGUUCCUGCUGGGUGUAAAGUAGAGAAUCCAAUCCAUUUUAGGUAUUAUUCUAUCAAUGGGGGCGAUGAGGGGUCGAAGGAAUUGGCUGUUUCGAAUCCCAGAGUAUUGGUUUUGGUGGAAAAUGGAGGGGAGAUUGAAAUCAUUGAGGAGUUUUUGAGUGGGGAUGGGGGUAAGUCCUAUUGGUCAAAUCCUGUUUUGGAGGUAGUCAUUGGAAGUGGAGGAAAGGUUAAACAUUCGUAUAUUCAGAAUCAGUCUUUAAAUGCUGCACAUAUCAAAUGGACUUCUGUUCAGCAGGAAUCGACCAGUGCCUACGAGCUUGUGGAGAUUAGCACUGGUGGAAGAUUGAGUCGACACAAUGUCCAUAUCCAGCAGUUGGGACCAGAGACUACAACAGAGUUAUCAACACUGCACUUAUCAAUUGGCAAUCAAACACAAGAUCUACACAGUAGCCUAGUACUUGACCAUCCAAGAGGAUAUUCUCGACAACUUCACAAAUGUAUUGUCGCUAAUCCCCAAGGACAAGCUGUAUUCGAUGGUAAUGUAAAAGUCAAUAGAUAUGCACAGCAAACGGAUGCAGGACAAUUAACAAGGAGUCUUCUGCUAGAACCUCGAGCGACUGUGAAUGUGAAACCUAAUCUUCAAAUCAUUGCUGAUGAUGUCAAGUGUUCACAUGGAGCUGCUAUAAGCGACUUGGAAGAAACCCAACUCUUCUAUUUCCAGGCUCGUGGCAUAGACUUAGAGACAGCAAGGAAGGCUCUAAUAUUUUCUUUCGGAGCCGAGGUGAUCGAACGUCUGCCUUCCCCAUCAGUUCGAAAGAGAGUUGAGAAUCAUAUAAAAGAAUUGUUGAACCCCACGCUAGAAAGAUCCUAACAUUGACCAUGGGGGAACUAAUGUAAGCCUUUUGAGAAUCAAAGCACUUUUAGCUUCAAGAAAGCGUUAUGAUGGGAAUUUCUCUUCCAAACCCCUAAUAAAGAGAGGGAAGUUUUGAAGUUGUGAGUGAUAUAUUGACCCAAUAAUUGUUGCAAUGUAUUUAUUGUAACUUAAACAUGUUUUUUUGGUUGUAAAAAAUCACAUGGCUGUUAAGAGAUCAGCUCCUCAAUAUCAUAUGCUUUCUUCAAAUC